AUGCGCUUAGAAAUUGAACAACAAGUGAUAUCUGAAGUUAAGAAACUGAUUGAUGCAGGCUUUAUUCGAAAGGAAAAAUAUCCCUCUUGGUUGGCUAGUGUCAUCCCAGUAAAAAAGAAAAGUGGUCAAAUUCGCGUAUGCAUCGAUUAUAAGGAUCUGAAUAAGGCAUGUCCGAAAGAUGGGUUCCCGUUACCCAUACCAGAACACAUGGUAGACAUUGCCUCUGAGCAUGAAAUUUUCUCUUUUAUGGACGAUUCAUCUGGAUAUAACCAAAUCAAGAUGACUCCUGAAGAUGAAAAAUUUACUGCAUUCAAAACACCUAUAGGGGUCUUCUGUUACAAAGUCAUGCCCUUUGGACUUAAAAAUGCUGGUGCAACUUACCAGCGAGCUAUGACCCGAAUCUUUGAUGAUUUAAUCCACCAACAAGUGGAAUGUUAUAUCGAUGAUUUGGUUGUCAAAAGUCAUCAAAGGGAAUACCACCUUCAUGAUCUGAGAAUCAUUUUUGAAAGGUUGCGCCACUACGACCUAAAGAUGAACCCUUUGAAAUGUGAUUUCGGAGUUACUACAGGGAAAUUCUUAGGGUUUGUAGUGAGACACCGACGUAUAGAAAUUGAUCCUUCCAAAAUAAAAGCCAUCUUUGAUGUGCCUCCUCCUAAAAGUCUAACCCAAUUAAGAUCUCUUCAAGUUUUAGCGGCUACUAUUUCGCUAAAACCUCUGAUACUUUACACCGCAGCUUUAGACAACUCUCUUGGCGCCUUGAUGUUUGGCAAAAUGGUUAAUAUUCUUAACCAGUUUGAUAUCACGUUUAUACCCUUACGUGCUAUCAAAGAUCAAGUCGUAGCUGACUUCUUAGCAGCACACCCGAUCCCUGCUGAAUCCCCUCUAAAUGAUGAUCUCCCUGAUGAACAAAUUAUGAGUUUAGAGGAGCAGGAAGGAAAUACCUGGGAGUUAUAUUUUGAUGGUGCCGCAUCUUCACAAAAGAUUGAGGAAUCUCAAGAAGUAAUCCCAGGAAAGGCCGGUAUCAGGUUGGUUUUCAUAACCCCUGAAAAAGAAUUGUUGCGUUAUUCUUAUCAUUUAUUAGAGCCUUGCACUAAUAACAAAUCUGAAUAUGAAGAUCUAAUAACUGGUUUAGAAUUAGCAAUAUCAAUGGAAAUCUGGGAAAUCAAGAUCUUUGGAGAUUCUCAACUUAUUAUCAAUCAAGGUACCCCGAAUUCUAUGGCGGAUGCCCUUGCAAAACUUGCAAAAGAGUUAGCUUGUAUAGAAGAAGAGUCAAUCUCUAUAGAAGUUCAAGGUCGCAAAAUCUUAUCUCCUAUAGACUUGGAAUACAUCAAUAAAAUUUUUCCUUCUAAGGGUGAGAUUGUUCUUGCUGUUAAUGAUGAAACGGUUGACUGGAGAAAACCUUUCAUUGACUACUUGCAAGAAAACAAACUCCCUCAAGAGAAAUCUGCUGCAGAUCAGAUUAAAAGAAGGGCUCUCUCUUAUACACUAAUAAACAACACUUUAUACCGCCGGUAUUUUGAUCAAUUGUGGUUACGUUGUUUUAACAAACAGGAAGCCCAAAAGAUUAUCACCGAG